CCUCACCACACACCAUCACAGCCUCACCACACUCCAUCACAGCCUCACCACACUCCAUCACAGCCUCACCACACUCCAUCACAGCCUCACCACACUCCAUCACAGCCUCACCACACUCCAUCACAGCAUCACCACACACCAUCACAGCCUCACCACACUCCAUCACAGCCUCACCACACACCAUCACAGCCUCACCACACACCAUCACAGCCUCACCACACUCCAUCACAGCCUCACCACACUCCAUCACAGCCUCACCACACUCCAUCACAGCCUCACCACACACCAUCACAGCCUCACCACACUCCAUCACAGCAUCACCACACACCAUCACAGCCUCACCACACUCCAUCACAGCCUCACCACACUCCAUCACAGCAUCACCACACUCCAUCACAGCAUCACCACGCUCCAUCACAGCAUCACCACGCUCCAUCACAGCAUCACCACACUCCAUCACAGCAUCACCACACUCCAUCACAGCAUCACCACGCUCCAUCACAGCAUCACCACACUCCAUCACAGCCUCACCACACUCCAUCACAGCAUCACCACGCUCCAUCACAGCCUCACCACACACCAUCACAGCCUCACCACACUCCAUCACAGCCUCACCACACUCCAUCACAGCCUCACCACACUCCAUCACAGCAUCACCACACUCCAUCACAGCCUCACCACACUCCAUCACAAGACCCUCCAUCACCUGCCUCAACAAGCCAAAACAAACGAGAUGGAUAUAUUUAUAUUACUGUCGACAAUCUUGUCCAUCACUACAGCCUUCAAGGGUAACUCCAUCACAGAUGACUCCACGGACGCAGCAGUGAACUGCCACGCCCCUAAGGACGUAGGUACGUGUUCCGGGCAGCAGGAAGCCUGGUAUUACAGCCGUGAUGAACACAGAUGUAUAUUCUUCGUGUAUUCCGGCUGUGGUGGCAACGCUAACAGGUUCGAGUCCAGGUCAUCUUGUGAGGAACACUGUCAGGAAUCUAGAUGCCCGGAUUUGGACUGCCCGGAUUCCUGCUCACGAACGUUGAGUACUACUGGAUGUCUGGAGUGUGCUUGUACUAGAGAUGAGGCAAAGGCUGUGUGUUCCAAACAAAUGAAGCGGGGCUACUGUCGAGCCUUGUUCCACAAGUGGGCUUGGGUGCCCGAAAAUGGACGCUGUGAGCAUUUCGUCUACGGGGGAUGUGGAGGAAACGAAAAUACCUUCGAUACUGAAGAAAUGUGCCUUAGGGUGUGCUCUGGGGUGUAACAGGAUGUGCUCUAGAGUGUAACACUACCUGUGAUAUAUGGUGGGCAAGCCUGCCCAUCAUUGUGUACUUACGAAACAAAUUUGCGGCCAGCAACACUUGUGUUAGGGCAUUGGCUCGAUACGGUAUAAGUUGUCAGUAGCCCUAUAAACCCUAACAACUGGAAUAAAUACACCAAGGACUACGGUGUAAGCUGUCAGUAGCCCUAUAAACCCCAACAACUGGAAUAAAUACACCAUGGACUACGGUGUAAGCUGUCAGUAGCCCUAUAAACCCCAACAACUGGAAUAAAUACACCAAGGACUACGGUGUAAGUUGUCAGUAGCCCUAUAAACCCCAACAACUGGAAUAAAUACACCAAGGACUACGGUGUAAGUUGUCAGUAGCCCUAUAAACCCCAACAACUGGAAUAAAUACACCAAGGACUAUGGUGUAAGUUGUCAGUAGCCCUAUAAACCACAACAACUGGAAUAAAUACACCAAGGACUACAGUGUAAGUUGUCAGUAGCCCUAUAAACCCCAACAACUGGAAUAAAUACACCAAGGACUACGGUGUAAGUUGUCAGUAGCCCUAUAAACCCCAACAACUGGAAUAAAUACCAAGGACUACGGUGUAAGUUGUCAGUAGCCCUAUAAACCCCAACAACUGGAAUAAAUACACCAAGGACUACGGUGUAAGUUGUCAGUAGCCCUAUAAACCCCAACAACUGGAAUAAAUACACCAAGGACUACGGUGUAAGCUGUCAGUAGCCCUAUAAACCAACAUCAACAGUAACAUAUACAUCAGUGUUCUACGGUGUAAACUGUCAGUAGCCCUAUAAACCAACAUCAACAAUAACAUAUACAUCAGUGUUCUACGGUGUAAACUGUCAGUAGCCCUAUAAACCAACAUCAACAAUGACAAAUACACCAAGGACUACGGUGUAAACUGUCAGUAGCCCUAUAAACCAACAUCAACAAUGACAAAUACACCAAGGACUACGAUGUAAACUGUCAGUAGCCCUAUAAACCAACAUCAACAAUACAAAUACACCAAGGACUACGGUGUAAGCUGUCAGUAGCCCUAUAAACCAACAUCAACAAUGACAAAUACACCAAGGACUACGGUGUAAGCUGUCAGUAGCCCUAUAAACCAACAUCAACAACGACAAAUACACCAAGGACUA